AUGGCUACCGAACAAAAGGAAAACCUUUUCCCCACUCUCGGAGAGGUAGCGGACCGCACAGGCGCUGGAGAGGGCGAGGAGGACGAUGGUCAGAUGCAGGACGUCGAGAGUCUAUGUAUGCGAUGUCAUGAAAAUGGCGCGACUAGACUGCUGUUGACUUCCAUUCCUUACUUUAAAGAGAUCAUCGUAUCUUCUUUCCGAUGUGACCACUGUGGCUUUAGGGACACUGAAAUCCAGAGUGCCGGCGAGAUUCAGCCCAAGGGUGUCAGCUACACCGUUCACCUCCUCUCCCGUGCCGACCUCGACCGUCAAAUCGUCAAGUCCAACUGGGCCACUAUCACCAUUCCCGACAUCCAGCUCACCAUCCCUCCCGGUCGUGGACAGAUCAACACAGUCGAAGGCGUCAUCCGCGACACUGUCCGAGACCUCAACAUCUCCCAGCCGGUCCGUCGGGUUAUGGACCCCGAGACGGCCGGCAAGAUCGACACCUUGCUCGAGAAGCUCAGGGUCGCCAUUGACAUGGAGGAUGAUGAGGACGAGGACGGAGGUGUUGGUAGGGAUGACGAAGACGAGAAGCGCGCCUACCAAGAGUCGAAACCCCACGAAGAGAAGCCUUUCGUUCCCUUCUCCAUGAUCGUCGAUGAUCCCUCCGGAAACUCGUACUUCCAGUUCAAAGGCUCUCAGUCGGACGCCCAGUGGAACAUGCGUGCCUAUCCUAGGACUUUCGAACAGAACGUCUCCCUGGGUCUGGUCGCUGCCAACGAGGAAGGAGAGAAGCAGGAGGAGCCUGUUGUGGCCGAGGAUCACAAGCUUGGGAGUGUGGAGGAGUUCGAAGAGAAGAGGAAACAGUUGAUGGCGAGGGAAGACGGAACUGUGGUGCCGGAUGAAGUCUUCACUUUCCCUGCCACUUGUUCAUCUUGCGGGCAUCCUCUGGAGACCCGCAUGCAGCAAGUCAACAUUCCUUAUUUCCAAGACAUCAUUAUCAUGGCCAGUAACUGUUCCGCCUGUGGCUACAGAGAUAACGAGGUCAAGUCUGGUGGCUCCAUCGCCCCUAGGGGUAAGAGAAUAACCUUGAAGGUGGAGGAUGAAGAGGAUUUGAGCAGAGACAUGUUGAAGUCUGACACUGCUGGUCUUGAGAUCCCCGAAAUCGACCUCGUCCUCCAGCCCGGAACUCUCGGUGGCCGAUUCACUACCCUCGAGGGUCUCUUGAACGAGAUCUACACCGAAUUGAGUACCAAGGUUUUCCGUACUGGUGACUCUCUCACAUCUGGUCUCGGCCAGAUCAGCAAGGAGGCUGGGUCCGAGGAGCGUAAUUUCGAGGAUUUCCUCAAGGGUUUGAAAGACUGCAUGGGCGCCCAGAGGCCGUUCACCCUUAUCAUCGACGACCCUGUCUCCAACUCUUACCUCCAGAACCUCUUUGCUCCCGACGCCGAUCCCAACAUGACCAUCGAAGAGUACGACAGGACAUUCGAGCAGAACGACGAUUUGGGUUUGAACGACAUGGUUGUGGAGGGUUACAACGAGGACGUGAAGGACUCUUCUGCCUAG